AUGGCGACGCAGGCGCCUAGAGGUCCCGUGCAGACGCAGCCCCCGCGAGGGCCGGUGCACAUGCAGCAGCAGGCUCGUCUGCGCGUGUAUCUGCAGAGCCCGGGGGUGAUAGGUGACCCCUACCGCCCUCUUCCGCCAAUGCCCUUCCUUACCAGCUGGUUCACAAAGGCGGGGUGGAAGAGACGCUGGGUCAAGUGGAGUGAUGCGCUGAAGACAGGGUACACGAUUGCUAUGCUGAGGCGUCACAACAGGGGAUACUCCCGGCACGGGCUUUACCGGGAGCUUGCCGGCACAUACAAACAGAUCAAUCGUGCCAUUGCAGCAGAUGAUCGCACCGCAUUGCGGCAUCUGGUCACCGAGAGCGCCUUCACGUCACUGAAGAGUUCGCUCAAGCAUCGGGCUGAGAGUGGCAUAGCCCGGGUGGACUGGCACCUGGUGGGGACGUCUGAAGGAAACAGCAAGGCCGUUGUUCCAUCCAGCAACAAGCCUCCCCUUUCGUUUAAGACCUUGCAAGCACGCUUGAUUUCGCUUGAGAAGAGCAAACCAGAGAAUGGCUUCGUGCAGCUCACUCUUGAAAUUAAGAGCAAGCAGCGCAUUGCGGCAUAUGAUAAGCGCAAGAAGCUGAUCAGUGGGGAUCCAGAUGCUGAGGUCGAUGUGAAGGACAUCUGGGUGUUUGAGCGACACAUGCUGCACCCAGAGCUCCCAUGGAGGCUGUGUGGGCAGCUGGUAGCACCCCCCCCACAAGCAGACAAAUCUGGAAAGCAAAAUCAAGCUGCUGCUAGCAGUGGCAGGCGAUAG